CGGUGCAGCGCGGCGCACGAGCCCCCGCGCCACUGCCCCGAGGCCCCAGCGUCGCGGGUCCCCUACCGGGCUGACCAUUAGCCAGGAGGCCGUAUAAGGAACGAGUGGCCCGGGCGUGCAGGAGGGACGCGUCGCCGCCGCCAUGGACAGCAGCACCUCUAGCCCCGCGACCACCGCCGCGCCCGAGUCCUACGAGCGCAUCCGCAAUGCGGCCGACAUCUCUGUCAUCGUCAUCUACUUCGUGGUGGUGAUGGCCGUCGGGCUGUGGGCUAUGUUUUCUACUAAUCGUGGGACUGUCGGAGGCUUCUUCCUGGCAGGCCGAAGUAUGGUGUGGUGGCCGAUCGGAGCCUCUCUCUUUGCCAGUAACAUCGGCAGUGGCCACUUUGUGGGGUUGGCCGGGACCGGAGCAGCUUCGGGCAUCGCCAUGGGGGCCUUUGAAUGGAAUGCCCUGUUUUUGGUGGUUGCGCUGGGCUGGUUGUUUGUCCCCAUCUACAUUAAAGCUGGGGUGGUGACGAUGCCACAGUACCUGCGGAAGCGGUUUGGAGGCAAGCGGAUCCAGAUCUACCUUUCCAUUCUGUCCCUGCUGCUCUACAUUUUUACCAAGAUCUCGGCUGACAUCUUCUCUGGCGCCAUAUUCAUCAAUCUGGCCAUGGGCCUGAAUCUAUACCUGGCCAUCUUUCUCUUAUUAGUGAUCACUGGCCUUUAUACAAUCACAGGGGGCCUUGCGGCUGUGAUUUACACGGACACCUUGCAGACAGCGAUCAUGCUGGUGGGAUCUCUUAUUCUGACUGGGUUUGCUUUUCACGAAGUGGGAGGGUAUGACGCCUUCAUGGAAAAAUACAUGCAAGCCAUUCCGACCGUGAUUUCUGAUGGCAACGUCACCGCCAGUGAAGAAUGCUACACCCCGAGGGCCGAUUCCUUCCACAUCUUCCGAGAUCCCAUCGAUGGAGACAUCCCGUGGCCUGGGCUCAUCUUUGGGCUGGCCAUCCUGGGCCUGUGGUACUGGUGCACGGAUCAGGUCAUUGUGCAGCGCUGCCUCUCUGCCAAGAACAUGUCUCACGUGAAGGCCGGCUGCACCAUGUGUGGGUACCUGAAGCUGCUGCCCAUGUUCCUCCUGGUGAUGCCGGGGAUGAUCAGCCGCAUCCUGUACACAGAAAAAAUUGCCUGUGUCCUCCCCUCGGAAUGCGAGAAAUACUGCGGCACCAGAGUUGGCUGCACCAACAUUGCCUACCCAACGUUGGUGGUGGAGCUCAUGCCUAAUGGGCUGCGAGGCCUGAUGCUGUCGGUCAUGCUGGCCUCUCUCAUGAGCUCCCUGACCUCCAUCUUCAACAGUGCCAGCACCCUCUUCACCAUGGACAUCUACACCAAGGUGCGGAAGGGAGCAUCGGAGAAAGAGCUCAUGAUCGCAGGAAGGCUGUUCAUCCUGGUGCUGAUUGGCAUCAGCAUCGCCUGGGUGCCCAUCGUGCAAUCGGCACAAAGCGGGCAGCUCUUCGAUUAUAUCCAGUCCAUCACCAGUUACUUGGGACCACCCAUCGCGGCUGUCUUCCUGCUUGGUAUUUUCUGGAAGAGAGUCAAUGAGCCAGGAGCCUUUUGGGGACUGAUCUUAGGAUUUCUGAUCGGGAUUUCCCGUAUGAUUACUGAGUUUGCCUAUGGAACCGGGAGCUGCAUGGAGCCUAGUAACUGUCCCACGAUUAUCUGUGGGGUGCACUACUUGUACUUUGCCAUCAUCCUCUUUGUCAUCACCCUCAUCACCAUCGUGGUCAUCUCCCUCCUGACCAAGCCCAUUCCAGAUGUGCAUCUCCACCGACUGUGUUGGAGCCUGCGCAACAGCAAAGAGGAGCGAAUUGACUUGGAUGCAGGAGAGGAGGACUUCCAAGAAGCCCCGAAGGAUGCCAUUGAAAUAGAAGUUCCUGAGAAGAAAAAAGGAUGCUUCAGGCGGGCCUACGACCUGUUUUGUGGGCUGGACCAGCAGACCGGACCCAAGUUGACCGAGGAAGAGGAGGCAGCCCUGAAGAUGAAGCUGACAGACACCUCUGAGAAGCCUUUGUGGAGGACAUUGACGAACGUCAACGGCAUCAUCCUGCUGGCGGUGGCCAUCUUUUGCCACGCGUAUUUUGCCUGAGUCCUGCCUUGUGUCACACAGGCGCCGUGGCUGGAAUCUUAAUGCUCCUCCCUUUGAUCUCAUUCUGUGGCGCUGAAGGGAAACCAGCCAGCUGUAAAUUUCACCCAGUUGGAUGAAUGUGUACAUGUGUAAUUCUAGGGUAGCUGGCGGAAAAUCAUUAGUUUGCUGUCCACUUGUGUAUUCAAAGCCAGUGUGAUACAAUCAUCUGUACAUACUAGAGCUAAGGACGUGAUAUUCAGUAAAAGGCAGACUAGGAAACAGAAGUCCAGGGAUGUCCAAGACAAGUCUAUCUCAGGUAGAUUCAGCGUGUCAACAUUAUUUGUAGUCCUUGAAUAUUAUUUUAAAAGUUUUGGUCCCCCUGGUUCCUGCCACUUUUCCCUAUCUGAAUUCCUCUGUAUAUAUUUUUUAAUUUUUAAUUUUUAAUUUUUUUGCUCUCAUCAUAUUCCUUUCAAAUUUUUCCUGGCACAAGAAAAAUCGAUCCGAUAAACUGAUGAAUGCAUUGAAGCUGAGGAUGGGAGCUUGAUGGGGUCCUUGUCCUGGGUGUUUUUGCUUUUGGAAGUGGAGACAUGAAGAAGGCAGGACUUGCCCCGGAGGGACCCGGGCACCAGCCUCAGGCCAGUGGGGGCAGUAGAUACUCUUGAGUCUAGGGCAUUUUCUGAUCUUCUUAAACAUGUCCAUUGUGAGUUCCACCUGUUUGGGAUUUCGCUCAUUUUGACAUUCACUGUGCCUGGAGUGUCGUAGCCACUCUGUCAUGUUUGCUGACUGAAUGAAUGCUAUGGGCAUGUAUUUAGAAAUACUUGCUUUAUUUUUACCUAAGCCUGGCUCUUGGUUAACCUUUUCUUGUGGCUGCACAAAGUACGCCCCCUGGUGACUAUAAUGAAUUGGAAGGCAUUUGCCAGAGGCCACUGUGCCCCACGGUGCUGAAGUUGACACGUGGGCUUAGCAGCUGACGCUGUGUCACCUGGGAGAGACAGGGCUCCGGCUGGGGGCAUCUCUCAUCUCAAAGCAGCCGCACCCUCCCGCAACAUGGAAAUAAUUAGCCUGAGAUCAUCCACCCUGUGAAUUCACAUGACCACAGCUCUUCCUUUCUUUUGGUGUCUUGAUCGGUGAUCAUUGACGGAUGAGGGUUACGGUGGGUGGUUUGUGUCCCAGGUGGUAGUGCCCACCACGUCUAGCUGAGAGGUCUGUAUUUCUUAUUGAACCAGUUUCCCGGGGGGGGGGGGCAAUUCCUUUCAUUUAAUUUAACUUUAAGUAAUUCUUUUUAAUGUCAUCUGUGAAAUCUCUGUUAUAUUGUAAUAUAAUCCCAUUGGAGUGAUUAAAAAAAAUCACAAGGUUA